AUGCUGAAGCUCCUUUCACGGCGGCGCUCAACCUUUGGACCACCAUUACUCCCAGUUUCCGGCGUGAUCUCUCCGCUGUUCUCUCGCUUCCUAAUCUCUUAUGCAGAAGAUAAAGAUGAAGACAUUUAUGACCCUCCAUUUACACCUACACCCAAAACCCCCGUUAAACCCCAGACUCCGCCAAACAAGAAAAAUAAGCAGAAGAAAUCUAAUAAGCCAAAGGGUGCUUCUUCGAACAAUGUAAUUUCUAAAGCUGACGACUUUCCGGUGAAGUCCGACCUGCCAUUUGAUUUCAGAUACUCGUAUUCUGAGACUAACCCGGAUGUUAAGCCAAUUGGGUUUCGUGAACCACCGAGAUUCUCUCCGUUUGGUCCUGGCCGGCUUGACAGGAAAUGGACGGGGACGUCAGCGCCGGCUGAAGUAGAUGUGGACCACGAGAAGUUUGCCCAACAAAGGAAGGAUGUUCUUGGGGAACCAUUAACGGAGGAGGAGAUUGCAGAGCUUGUUGAAAAGUAUCGGCAUAACGAUUGCUCUCGCCAAAUCAACUUGGGCAAGGGAGGAGUUACUCACAACAUGCUGGAAGACAUUCAUAAUCAUUGGAAGAGAGCUGAAGCGGUGAGGAUUAAAUGCUUGGGAGUGCCUACUCUUGACAUGGACAAUGUUUGUUUUCAUCUUGAGGAUAAAUCUGGCGGGCUUGUCAUCUCUCGUCACAUUAAUGUCCUCUUAUUAUAUAGAGGGCGAAACUAUGAUCCUAAAAGUAGACCAGUGGUCCCGUUGAUGCUAUGGAAGCCAAAUGCGCCGAUAUAUCCUAAGCUUGUAAAGCCUAUUGCUGAUGGCUUGACCUUUGAGGAGACAAAGGAAAUGAGAAAUAAGGGGCUCAACUCUAACCCAGUAAUGAAACUCACUAGGAAUGGUGUCUACGUGAAUGUGGUGGAAAGAGUCAGGUCUGCAUUUGAGACUGAAGAGGUUGUUAGACUAGAUUGUUCCCAUGUGGGAGCUAGUGACUGUAAAAGGAUUGGUGUUAAGUUACGGGAUCUUGUACCCUGUCUGCCCAUCUUGUUCAAGGAUGAACAGAUCAUACUCUGGAGGGGAAAGAAUUUUCAAAAAGAUAGCUCCUCUACAUCGGCACAUGUGACCUAA